AAUCGACAUUAAUUCAACCAGCAAGUUUUUAUAGAUAAAAAGGUAUUGGCCAUUGCGCUUGUGAGUUGUGAACACCGCAACCCGUUGACCGUACCUUCUCGUCAUUCUAAAUUCUUAAAUUAUUUAUUUUUUUACGAAAUCAGAAAUCGAACGUUCCAUUUUCAUUGUCUCAAAUAAGCACGUUAAUAAUAUUUGCUUUGAACUAUUCACAUAUUUCAUCGAUUUGAUUAUUGCUCUGCAAUAUAAUAACGUUUGGUUUUUAACGAUUAAACGGUUACAUAAUGGCAGUAUCGGCAGCUGCUGCGUUACUCGAUGAACUUAUGGGGAGAAACCGGAACGACGGUCCGAACGCUCAAAAGAAACCUGUACAUUGGGAAGAUCCUGAGUUUUGUAAAUACUUUAUGGUUAAAUUUUGUCCUCACGAUCUAUUUGUCAACACCCGUGCUGAUCUUGGAGCUUGCCCAAAGGUUCAUUGCGAAGAAGCUAAAACACAAUAUAAUGAAGCUAGUAGCCGUUCCAAAAUACAAUACGAAGAUGAAUUUGUGGCAUUUGCUACUAGUUUAUUAAAUGAUGUUGAGCGCCGCAUCGAAAAAGGGAAACAAAGGUUGGAGCUUAUGAAUAAAACUGAAACGCCGGUGUCCCAUUCUAAUAGCCAAAGUCAAAAAAACCAGGAGCAAAUUAAAUUAUUGUCAGAAAAAAUAAAUGGGUUAGUGCAAGAAGCUGAACAAAUGGGUACACGUGGUCAUGUUGAAGAAGCUCAGGGACUUAUGAAGCUUUGCGAUCAAUUAAAAGAAGAACGUGAUACAUUGAGAAAGCAAAAUGAAAGCAUUCAUUGGUCACAAACAUAUGAACUAGCUGCUGCUCAAGAAAAACAAAUGGAAGUAUGUGAAGUUUGUGGAGCUUUUUUAAUUGUUGGCGAUGCUCAGUCGCGUAUUGAUGAUCAUUUGAUGGGAAAACAACACAUGGGUUAUGCUCGAUUAAAAAAUGCAGUAAAUGAAAUACAGGAGCAAAGGAAAAAAUAUGUAGAAGAAAGAGAAAAACUACGCGAAGAAGAAAGAAAAAAACGCAUGGACCGUACUAGGAGUAAUUCUAAAGACAUAGACAGACAUAGUCGUAAUGCUAAUGAUGACAAGAGAUCUAAAAGCUCUAGAGACCGAUCCCAUCAUAGAACUGAUAGAAAAUCUGAACGACAUGAAAGAGAAAGACGGAGAAGUAGAAGUCGCAGUGAUCGUCGUUCUUCUAAUAGUCAUAGGCAUAGAGGGCACAAUGGCAACAGUCGUAGAGACCACUAGAAUUUUAUUCAAGACACGUUUCAUUCAUUAAUUCAGGUUCAAAUAUCUGAUGCAGCGUAUAAUGUUAAAUUGUAUAAAUACAAAAUACCAUUCUAAAAAAAAAAAAACUAAGAGUUUGCAGGUAACAAUUCAAUAAAAACAAUUAAGAUACUUAUUUUAAUAUUUUAUUUAAUGAAAUAAACAACUUUCAUAUAUAAAAAAAAAAAAAAUGUUAUUGUGCUUAUAAUUAAAAAACAUAUUUUACUAAUUUACAUUAUGUCAAAUUUAAACAAUUAAUACUUAAUAAAAUACACAUUACUUGUCAAAUGUCAACUAAGUAACGCUGUCAGGGCAUCAAAAAACUUUGGUCGAUCUUUAGUUUGCAUUUUUGCAAUAGACGAAUCGAAGUAAUCCAAUGAAACUUCAAUAUUCGUUUUGUUGGAAACUUGUUCGAAUGCUUUUCCAAAAAAACUAAAACAUUUAAAUUAUAUUACACUUUAGAUUAAAAACUGUUUACAUGCUGUAAUGAUAUUAGAAAUUAAUAAAUUUAAAUUAUGAAACAAA